AUGCGGGCAUCGACACACGCAUCAGAACACCACUGCGAGCUUAAUGGUGACCAUGAACGCACCAUUGUCGGCCCCCUUCGCUUCUCGGGUGCCCCGAAUUCUCCAUUGUUGCUUCUUCAGACUUCCUUCACCAGCUGGAAUUUGAGAGGCAAAGGAUGUGGAGGCUACAGUUCUUUAGGUUCUUCCAAUUUCAGCAUUGCUUAGUAUUUGAAUGACAUUAUAGCAUCCUACUUUCGUGACCUGCCAAACAUCAACAACAAAAGUUGCACGGGUCUCAUUUCUAGUUCAUAUCUUAUUUUGUUUUUAAUUAACUCGUACUAUAGGAUAUCUUACACCUAAUAUAUAAUAAUAUUUAGAUGCAAACAUUAUCAAAUACAUUCAUUAACAUAAAAAUAAUUACUAAAAUUAACUUCGUUUCACAUUCAAGUUGUCAUGAAAAUAUUUCACGCAAGGAAAACAUUCGUAAACAUCAUAAAAUAUGUAAGUGUAAUGUCUCUUUUUUCAAAUUUAAUAAUUCAAUAAAGCUAAUCCAAUUAUCAAGAAUGUGGAAGGUACGACGGCGGUGAAAGAUGAAGCCUCAUCACUAUCACUAGGUGGUGGUGGUGGUGGAGCGGUGUCGUCCCAGGUGGUGGUUGGCGGCGAUGAUGUGUCGCAUGAGCUUGUUGAUACAUUUGGAGGACAGGGAGGAGAGGGUGUUGCGGGUGUUUCCGACGGAGGAGUACUAGGGCUCGUGGUCGACGGAGACGGUGGUGUUUUGAGUAUUGCUGACGGAGGAGGUGGAGAUCGGGGUGUUCUGGGUGUUGCUGCUGGAGGAGUAGUGGUGGAAGAGUCAGAGACGUUAAUGGCUAACUUCUGACCAAUUUGACAGUGACUUCUGAAUGUGCAGAUGUAGUAAUGAGCUCCGGGGGUGGUCAAGGUGAGGGUAGCGGGGCCAUUGGUGGCAAGGGAGAUAGGAUUUGUGGCAGUGCAUGAGCCAAAAGCCGCCGCCGAAAUCUCUGCAACAUCAUGUUCUCCAUCAGUGAAGGUAAAGACAAGAAGGUCGCCCACAUUGAAGGUCUGAAGCGAGGCCCACGUGGUGUAAGCCACCGCUCCACCAGAAGGAACGGUCCAUCCCAAACCGUCGCCGACGACGUGCCUUUUCUGUGCCAUCGUGACUUGAAACUGCAUGGUUGCAAUCAUCAUGACUAUUAACACCACCAAAUUCGGAUUAAAGUCUUGCAUUUUUGAAACCUCGAAAUUUGUGUUUUUGAUGGCAUUGGUAUAUUUAGAAUAUGAUAUUUAUAAGCAGUGCCUUAUACGCC